UGUUAUAGAUACGAUUAUUAACUUGGUGAAUCAAUAUUUUGUGGACUGAUCACAUUAAAAAAGAUUUAAAUAAUAUAAAUAUUUUAAUUCAAUUCAUUGAAAAAUAAAUUAAAUAAUUCACUCAUAAUGAAAAGUUUUCAAAAAAACAAAAGGAAAAGAACACACUAAAACAUGAAGUCAACGCAAAAUAAAGUCAACACGUACAGCACGUAAUUUUUGACAAGCAUGUGAUGCGAUCAUGCGAUGAUCAUCUGAUACGAUGAAACGUGUCGCAUCACUUGUAUUAAACAUUAAUAUCUCCAAACGCCAUUUUUCAACCAUUCCAAAUAUUAAAUAACUUUAUGUUUUAUUAUUCUUUUCUUUAUUUUACAUUAUUUAUUUAUUGAGAAGGAAUAUUUAAUUUAUACCGUGUCCUCUCCCCCUUGCCCAAACAUACCUAAGCUGUUAGUUAACCAAAGCCUAAAAACCUCUCUAUUCCCACCUCAAAUGGAGAGACAUGUCGUCCAUACUUACGUUGUUAUUACCAUUUUCACUUCACUUAUUACCAUACUAACAUGCAAAUGCAAUGCAGCAACUGAUAAUAAUAAUAAUGUAACGUGUCUUACCAGGGACAGGAGAGCCCUCCGGGACUUCAAGUCCGGCCUGAUCGAUCCCGACAACAGCCUCUCGUCGUGGCGAGGCGCAGCCUGCUGCCGAUGGAUGGGAGUCGUGUGCGAUAACUUCACCGGUGCUGUUACAGGCAUUCGCCUCCACGGCCUGAGAGGAGAAAUCGGACCUUCUCUGGUUCAGCUUAGAUCAUUAAAGCACCUAGAUUUGAGCUAUAGCGAAUUCGAAGGUGUCGAGAUACCUGGAUUUCUCGAUUCGUUGGAGAAUCUCGAGUAUCUGAACUUAUCGAAUGCUGGAUUUGGCGGGACAGUCCCGCCGGGGCUUGGAAACCUGUCCAGGUUGCAGUAUCUCGACGUUUCGAAUCAGGGCUUUCCGGGCGUGGCUGUCGACAACUUCCGGUGGGUAACGGGGCUGGUUUCUUUAAAAUAUCUUGGGAUGGAUGGUGUAGACUUGUCAUCGUCGCUGAGCUCCGGGUUGUUUAGGAUGCUGAAUUUGUUGCCUGAUUUAACCGACGUGCAUCUCUUGGGGUGCGGCUUGACAGGCUCGAUCUCGGUUUUGCCUGACGAUCAUAUUAACUUCACUUCACUUGCUGUAAUAGACCUGAGCUUCAAUAGCUUCGAUUCGAUCUUCCCUGAUUGGCUUGCCAACAUCACUAGCCUCGUGGAUAUCGAUCUCAGCAAUUGUAUGCUCCGAGGAAGGAUCCCACUUGGAUUGAGCAACAUACAGGGGCUUCUAUCCUUGAACCUUGCCUUGAACCGGAAUUUAUCUGCCAGUAUUCACACUCUACUCGGCGGCGCCUGGCAAAGCAUAGAAGUUCUUGAUCUUGCCUCCAACAGAAUACACGGGAGGCUUUCGAAAGGCAUUGGGAACCUGACAUCCCUGACUGACUUGAACCUGUUCGACAACAAUAUCACCGGUGGCAUCCCAACCACGAUUGGGAUGCUCUGCAAGUUAGUGAAUCUUGACAUUUCUGGAAAUCAGAUGAUUGAGGCAUUACCCAAGGAACUUACGGAAGGUGAAGAGUGUGGAGGUGACGAUACUUUGCCUGAAUUAGAGACUGUAAGAUUGAGCGCGAACAUGAUGACAGGCUCGCUGCCAGAUUGGCUGGGGAAGCUCAGGAAUCUGAAGGAGCUCUCUUUGGAUUCCAACAUGUUUGAAGGCCAUUUGCCUGACUCUCUAGGUUCGCUUGGAAACCUAACUAAUCUGAGCUUUGCAAAUAACAGACUGAAUGGCACAUUGCCAUCGGGUAUCGGGCACCUAUCAAAGCUGGAUCUUGAACUUAGCUUUCAAUUCAUUAACCCUGAAUGUAAGCUCCCGGUGGAGUCCCACAUUCAGAGCCCGGAACCUCAACAUGGCGUCGUGUCAGUUAGGUCCUUCAUUCCCAGGAUGGCUUCAGUCUCAGACUGGGCUCGAAUUCCUCGACAUAUCGAAUGCAAGCAUCUCAGGCUCAAUACCAGGCUGUUGCAAGGUCGGGUCUCGAGCUUCAUUCGGGUUAAACCUCAGGCAGAUGUAGAUUUAAGUUCCAACUUGUUUGAGGGAACAAUUCCCCUUCUCAAUGUCCCCAUUGAGCUGUUGGAUCUCUCGAAUAAUAAAUUCCAUGGCCAGAUUCCUCAGAACAUCAGUACCAUGAUGCCAGACCUGAUUUUCCUUUCUCUUGCUGGAAACCAACUGACUGGAGAAAUUCCAUCAGGGCUAGGGAACAUGUCAUACCUUUCUGUGAUUGAUCUUUCAGGAAAUCACCUGACAGGAAGCAUACCUGAGAGCCUAGGCAAUUGUUUUUACUUGAAAGUGUUAGAUUUAGGAAACAACAGACUGUCUGGUGAAGUCCUGAGCUCUAUAGGUCAAUUAAAUCAGCUUCGAUCCUUGCACUUGAAUGGAAACUUGAUAUCGGGAAACCUGCCCGUUUCUUUGCAGAACCUGUCCAGGUUGGAGACUCUAGAUCUUGAAAGAAAUAAGUUGGGAGGAGCCUUGCCAGAAUGGCUUGGUGAGGGCUUCACUGCUCUCAGAAUUAUGAACUUGAGGGCUAAUGCAUUCUCUGGGGAGAUCUUGCUCAAUUUUGCUACCUUGAGUGCACUCCAGGUGCUUGAUCUUGCCGGAAACAACCUGACAGGGAGGAUUCCAACAAGCAUCGGAGACCUUAAAGCCAUGGCAAAGGAGGAAAGGACAGUCGAGCAUCUGUUAUAUGGGAAAUACAGAGGUGUUUACUAUGAGGAAAGCCUGGUUGUGAAUUGGAAGAACCAAUCCCAGAAGUUCACCAAGAUGCUGUCGCUGGUGACUGCUGUAGACCUGUCCGGAAACAACCUGUCAGGGGAAAUACCUGUCGAUAUAACAAGGUUGCAUGGCCUGAUGGUCUUGAACCUGUCAAGAAACCACAUCAGUGGACAGAUACCCGAAACCAUAUCAAUGUUACGGCAACUGGCAUCACUUGAUUUAUCGAAUAAUGACCUGUCCGGGCCUAUUCCAGCAAGCAUGGUUUCGCUGACAUUUCUUGCGUAUCUUAACCUGUCGAAUAAUAAGCUUUCUGGAAAGAUCCCAUAUGUGGGGCAGAUGUCAACUUUUGAUGCUGAAGCAUUUCAGGGGAAUCCCGAGCUCUGUGGAACCCCCCUGGAAAGUUGCCCUAGUGAAGAUACAGGCAAAGAGAAUGAUGUUAGCAGUGAGCACGACAAUAGAUUAGUUGAUAACUGGUUUUACCUAAGUCUGGGAUUGGGUUUCACAGCUGGGAUUUUUGUUCCUUACCUCAUACUGGCAAUGAAGAAGCCAUGGAGCGACAAGUACUCCGAUUUUCUGGAUAAGUGUGUAGCAAAUUUGUUUGGCUCAAAUAGAUAAGAACUGCUCAUAUUCAAAAAAAUUGAGGAAAAGAAACAAAUCAAAUAAUGAAGAGCAGCAAUUACUUACCAUGACUGCAAUGAAAGGCACCAAAGAAU